UAAUACAAGACUAAACAAGAAUAUAUAAUUUUUUUCUUCCCAUUUUUAAGAAAUUAUUCUUGGACUUCCUUCCAUUGCACAAACACUGAAACAUGCAGAUGAGCACCAUAAGGACCAUAUUGAUUCACAGUAGUCAAUCACAACAGCACCACUCAAACGAAUCUGAAAUGUCAGUCUAAUUCUAAGACUCCUCCAAAAUCAUCUACGAACUGAAAUGAUUUGAACCAGGAGCUUAUAAGAGGUCAAAUCAAUUAAAUCAUUAGAAUAAUUAGCGGAAAUCGACUCCUCGGAUGAAUCUCAAAGGGAUAAUCCAGUGUGAAGGGUUUUUGUCUUUUAAUAAUUCACAAUUGCCUCCUGAUUCAUUACCUGCCUAUUUAAAAAUAGAGCUCCUGUUUUGCAGCACCAGUAAUGAGUAAAGACAUAAUCGUGUGGCAAUGCCAAAGUUAUUUAGUGUGGGUUUGUCCAAUUUUUAUCCAGUUUUGCACUUCUAUUUUCUGAAUAGUAUAGUCUAAGAUUUAGGUAUCAGUCUAGUGCAUUGGUCUUCAGCACUUGUUAUCUGUUAACUGAACUGCACCCAGCUUGUGUGCCACAGACUUGCUCACUGCAAAGACAUCAGCACAUCAUGAAGAUCUGUCUGCUCAUUCUUCUGCUUUUGUCUGCUUUGACAAAUAUUUUGUGCCAGAACUUCAAUCCUGAUGAAGAUAAUUGGAUAAAUGACGAGUAUCCAAACGAGGUAAAUCUGCUGGAGUCUGAACCAUUAAAGAUGAUGUUGAAAAGGGUGCAUCAAGCACCUGGACUACAACAGUAUUUUGGUCUAAUGGGGAAAAGAUCAUCCGCAAAAUCACAGAUAACACGGAGACGGCAGAAAUUCCAGACUUUUGUUGGUCUAAUGGGAAAACGGAAUGUGAUUGAACCAGGUGAUUCAGUUUUCUUUUUAUGAUUUGUGCAACAAAAUAAUCUGUUUCAAGGAAUAUUACGGGUUCAAUAUAAGUUCAGUCGACAGCAUUUGCCGCACAAUGCUGAUUACCACAAAAAUAAUUUCUUUAAAAAAAAAAAGAAAGAAAAGCUGAAUCAAUAAUAGAAGUGAAUGAUGCCAAUUAUUGGAGUGUUUAAAAGGUAGAAAUGUGAAGCAUAUAUUUUUAUAAAAGCACUUGCAUGAAUUCUUCUGUUAAAACGCAUGUAUUAUUUUAGCUGUGAAGUUGUUUAAAUUAUCAUUUUUACAGUCAUUUUAGGGGAUGGCAUUACAUCAUGCAAUGACAUGGUAAAAUUGGCCAUAACUUCACACUAAAAUCAUGUUAACACACUUGUGGCAAUACUUUUGAAAUAGUAUUUUUGAAACAAUUUUACAUAAUGGCCCAUUGACUUCUAUUGUAAGUCUAAGCCGGAUUUUUGCUUUUUUUUUUUUUUUUUUUUAAAGAAAGUUAUUUUGUCAAUUGAGCUUAACUUGUAUUGAACCCGGAAUAUACAUUCAAGAGGUAACGUUCUAUUGCUUUUGAUAAUCUGAUGCAUUUUGUUACUUACCUUUCAAUACAAUUUCUGGAAUUUUCUUUUUAGGUCCUUUCUAACAAGAAAGCACUUAACUGAUUUUGUGGACAUAAUGUACAACAUGCUGCCACUAAUGGACACAGGAGUUCAAGCCCCAAACUUCAGCCUGGUUGUGAAACUCAAAGUUCUGCUGUUUUCUUUUAAAUAGAAAUGUAAUAAAAAAAUAUUAGGCACUGCAUUUGUCUUGUGGUCUUUGAAGAAAUUGGUAUGUUUAUCCAGUAGCCCCAAAAAGUAAGAAUAUCACUGCAUUAGAUAACAAAAUAUAAUAGCAAGUACAGUAGCAACAAAUCUAUUUUUGUGAAAUGUUCCGCCAGAUGUGCUUGUGGUUUCCUUUUUUUGGGUCUAAUUCAACAACAUUCAUAUAUUCCAAGCAUGUAUUUUUUAUCCGACACAAGAAAUACAUGAGGAAUGUUUGCAAAUGUCUCAACAUCUCCCUCUAGUGUCUAAUUAUGAUUAAAGAAUGUUUGAAUGAAAUGCUGUGGUAACACUUUAUUUUAGGGAUCAUAAAUCAAACAGUAAUUCAUGACUAAUAAUUACACUUGUAAGAGACUAGUUUGGCAUUAUCAAGUAUUUAUUAAGCUUUUAUUAGCUGAUUUCUUAUUCAUGCUUUAUAGUCCAAUUAAAUUUGCAAACUUUUUUCAUAACAAUGAAUUUAUUAGCCAAAAACAAAACAUAUCAAUAGUUAGUAUGAUGCAUCCUUUAUAGGUUCUCAGUAGUCUGUGUGAAUGUGCGGC